ACCUUUCCCUUCCAUUAAUUUCAUAUAUGCUUACCUUCCUUCUCUUCUUCCAAAACCCACAAAAUACUGGCAAACAGACUUGUAGUUCAACGAUAUCAUAUGGCGGAAGAAUUUGAGACAGGAGUUUGCGGCGGGAACUGGUGGAACAACCUGAUGAUGAUCAGCAACCCGUCGCGAGCCGGCGGCGGUGGUGGCGGCGGCUCUUCGUUUUGCUCUCCCGGCAGCAUACUUGCGGCGGAUUUUGGUGGGCCGUGGAAGGUCGACGACGUCGUUUCCAACAACUCCUCCGUUUCGGAUGGCUCCGCCGUCUUCCAGAACGAUUCCGACAGCGGCGGGAGCAGCGGCGGCGGCGUAGGAGGACUUCUGAUGGACUCCACCGCUCUUCAGCUCAUGGGGUUCGGCGGCCUCUCUUCCUCGUCGCCGUCUUCCUCCGACUGGAAUCACCACCACCAGCAACAGCAGGCUGCUGCCGCCUUGAUGAAUGGAGGAGGGAGUGAGAGGAUCGACCAUGGGAGCAACUACGAUUGGUGCAAUCGAACAACCGAAGAUCCACUGCUCAACAAUCAUCAUCAUUUCUUCAACAUCGACCAACAACAGCCGCCGCCGUCGCUAGAUGACAAUAUGUCCGUCGCUGCGACGACGACGGCGACGACAGGUUCUUAUGGUGGUGUGUAUCCUUCGACGCUCAUACAAGGCUUGUUCGAGUCCGAUGUUCAACUCCAGCCGUCGCAGGCGCCGCUUUUUAGCGACAGCUUGUUGCUAAACGAGUUUUCAUCAUCUCAAGCCAAGUUCCAAAGCCCUAAUCAUCACAACAUGAACAGCCACAGUACUACCCCGUUUUGGGAUUCUUCAUCAGCAAGUGUGUCUCGUUCGAUUGAAGGCAGUAUCAGAGCCGGUUUCGCCAAGCCUCAGCUAGGCCAUGCCCAGGCCCGAUUCAGCCAUCAGAAUUUCGAGCAGAAACCCACGAGUUUCCCCAACGCGAUCUCUGCAGCAAAGCAACCAAAGAAGGAAGAAGCUGGGAAUAGCAAGGACACGAAAUCUGGGAGCAAGAAGGGGAGUAGUAGUGAGCAAGCCUUCAAGAGGCCAAGAAUCGAAACACCAUCUCCAUUACCAACUUUUAAGGUCCGAAAAGAGAAGCUAGGGGACCGUAUAACUGCCCUUCAGCAAUUGGUUUCACCUUUCGGAAAGACGGAUACAGCAUCAGUCCUCCACGAAGCAAUCGAGUACAUCAAGUUCCUUCAUGAUCAAGUCAGUGUUUUAAGCACUCCAUACAUGAAGAAUGGGAACCCCGUUCAUCAGCACCACCAGAAGGGUACUAAUGCUGAUCACAAAAUGGAUAAAGAAGCACAAAAUCAACCGGACCUCCAAACAAGAGGACUUUGUUUGGUGCCAAUAUCGAGCACUUUCCCUGUCGCCAGUGAGACUACAGCUGAUUUCUGGACACCAACUUUUGGUGGCUCGUUCAGAUAGAUUAAGCCUCCCAAAUACAACGAACAUAGAAGCACCUAAUCUGUUUUGAAACGGGAUUCGAGAUCAUCAACGUCAGCUAAUACGAAGACAAGACAUAUAUAGAGAGAGAGGGAGAAGACAGAAUUGGAUUCAAACAAGAAGAAUUUCAUUUCUAACCAUGGGGACUGAUUCCUAUCUUCAUUUCCAAAUCCCAAAAAGAAGAAAAAUGAUUACAAGGGUUGGCCCUUUUUAGUUAGAUUAGCUGUAUAUGUGCCACCAAACUUGAGCCUAAAGCUAAAGAGAACAAAAGGGAAAGGGGGAAAAAAGAAACAAAGAGUCAAGGAAAAGGGAGAAUUUUCAUGACAACUGCUGGAGCCACCUGCAAAGCAAAGCUCUGAGUAGGGCACACCAAUCAAGCAAAAUCAUCAGGCCGUAGGCCUGAUAGCCGGUUUUCGGUUGAACCGAUCGUGUAUACGAAUAGGGUAUCAUUUCUAAUUUUCCUUGUUUUUUUUUUCCAUAAGCAUAUGUAAAGUACUGUUAAUUAUUUAUAGUUUGAAAGGGAGAAGAAAGGGUGGAUUCUGUAUAGAAACAGGAACAACAAAAUGGUAAACAGUUAUUAGUGAUGUUUUUGGUGUUUGUUAUGAUUUUAGUAAGAGAUGUUUAGCUACAAGUAAGUUAGAUUUGUUCCUGUUGCUGUAUGUAAUUUUGCCCUUUGUAUUUUGGUUAUAUCAAUAUACUAAUUCGGAAAUAAAAAUAUAUCUUUCUGUUGGAAUGAUGCUCCUCUCGCUACUUUGAGUCUCGUUAUCGACAUUGAAGAGAGUAAUACCACUUUGUUAAAUGUACUGGUAUAUAUUUUGUGACUCGAGCACUUAAUUUCAUGAUUAAUUCAGAUGGAGAUCAUAGUAUGUAAUUGGUAUUGUGUUCUUAAUUUCAUGUAUGUUUAUCGUAGAAUAUCGACCAAAUUGAUUGUACGCUCGAAUCGGUUGCUUCUAUCGGUUUAUUUUAUGUUGUUUGCUUGGAUUGGACUGAGUGGAGAUAAUAGUUGUGAUUGGUUCCACUUGCCAACUUCUUGCAUUUUGGUUUUGUUUGGUCUGAUCUCUUCCUUUACUUUUGCCUUUUCUUCUCCAUUUGUUUAUUUUAUUUGUGUGGUUGGAAAAUGUGUGGUAAUGGUAUGGAAUGAGAGGUUGGCCUAUGGCUCCUCUUCCAUUCCCAUCGUGCUUUUUUUUCUAUUAGGGUUUGCUCUUUUUUUCUAUUUGAGAAGAAGAAGAGUGUGGGAGUUUUCCACUAUCUCAUCAUUUAACCCAUUCUAGACCAAUGAAUCCAAAUUUUGAAACGCUAGUGGGAUAUUGGUCUGGCCAUCCAUCGUGAGCCACAGUUUUGUAGAUAUGUUUGUCUCGUGUUAGACUGGAUUUUGAAUCGAUUAAGUUUAGUGGGUUUGAUUUUGAGUUUGGUAUGUCGUCCGCGAGUUUGGUAGAUAAGACUUACAAGUUAAAGAUAUGCUCGGCUCAUAGGAAGUUAGUUAGCAAGAAGGAAAUUUAAAGAUUGGUCUGAUGUGAAAAUUUAACGAUUGAGUGUUGGUUAAUUAACGAUAAAAAGACCUUACAUCU